CAUGUUCCUUCUAGAGUUCCUCCGCCUGUGCCAGAUGUAUCAAUCCAGUGGCAGACUCCCCCGCCCGGAUAUAAGCGGGUUGGGAGCGUCACAGCGGAUCAAAAGGCGGCAGUGCCUUCGUCUUCGGAGUGGAAACCCACUAGUGUUGCUCCCCUUCCUCCCGUUGCUGGGCCUCUCGGAAAUCCGUUAGGCAUCCGACCAUCAGUCUGCCCCACAGUAUGGAACGGCGUUACUCCGAAGAAGUCAGUCCCUCCCAAGGGACCUGCUGCCUUCUCCACGAACAAGAAGCCUGUGGUCGUCGGAGCUGGCUGGCCUUUCACGCGACAUCACAGUUCAGGUAGUGUCACCCAAGCGAAUUCACCUACUCCUUCUCCUUCCACUACCACGACCAGCGCGACAUCGUACAAGCAAGGCACACCCCCUGAUAAUGUUCCUUUACCCCUGCCCACUCCCGGAUCCUCACCUCGUCACCC